AUGGUAGAUUGUAGUGGUUCUCAUGUUGUUGAUGUUGUUGUGGGUGAUAAGAGAAUUGUGGAGGUUGAUAAUAAUUCUUCUAGGAUUAAUUCUGUAAUUUGUGAGAGUUCUUUGGUUAACGAUUGUGAUGAUUUUGGUGGAGUGCCGGGGUUCCGCAUUGCAUUGGCUAAGUAUGCAGUUGAGUGUGAUUUUGCAGUGAAUUAUUUAAAGAACAAUGCAACAAGAUUGGAUAAUGUGCAUAAUUGUGGGAUUGUUGCUCGUAGAUCUUGUAGCAAAAUGGUUGCAUGGUUAGGAGUUCAUAAGGCAAGAGGUGGGUUGUUUGGUGAUUUUGCAACUUCUUUUGACCAACUUCAAUGGUACCUUGAGACGAGUAUGAGAACGAAUCCGAGAAGUGUGUUUGAAUUAGAUGUGGAUGAAAGUAGUAGGGGUUUUCGAAGGUUGUUUGUGGAAUUUCAUGAAUGUUUGUAUGACUUUCAAUUUUGUCGUCCGUUGUUGUUUGUUGAUGGUACAUUCUUGAAGGAGCGUUACAAGGGACAUUUGCUUGCAGCAAUAUCAAAGGAUGGCAAUCAAGGUAUGAGGUUGUUUGUGGCAUUUCAUGGAUGUUUGUAUGGCUUUCAAUUUUGUCGUCCGUUGUUGUUUGUUGAUGGUACAUUCUUGAAGGAGCGUUACAAGGGACAUUUUCUUGCAGCAAUAUCAAAGGAUGGUAAUCAAGGCCUGUUUCCUUUGGCUUUUGCAAUUGUUGACACUGAAAAUCAAGAUAAUUGGAUGUGGUUCUUAAGUCAGUUGUUAAAGGCUGUUAGUUCAGGCCAGAGAUUGACCUUUGUGUCUGACCGUCAACAUGGAUUGCUGGACGCUCUUUCAGUGAUUUUUCCCAAUGCACAUCAUGCAUAUUGCUUGAAUCAUUUGAAGAGAAAUUUGAUUGACAAAUUGGUGGGACUUAGUACUAACUAUAAGCUGACUUUGAUGAAAAUAUUAGUUAAAUGUACUUAUGCGCCAAAUGUUGCUUCUUUCUAA